UUACCUUGAAUCAUCGAAAAAUCCGAAAAUCGUAUACCGAGAGCUAUCUUCUUCGAUUUCUCUAUUGAUUUUUGUUGAAGUGGUUUGAGGAGUAAUGGAUCUAGGAAGCAUGGAACAAUUAUAUGCUAGGGAUUUGGUGUAAGAGGCACGAAAUCGUGGCCUUAAUCGUUUCGUAUGGCUGCUAUACGUUGCAGCCUCCAACAAUGGUGGGGUAGUCAAACUGCCCGAAAAAGAAGAUCCCCAUAUCAAAAUAUCCGAUUUUCCACCCGGGUUUCUCUUUGGAGCAGCCAGUUCUGCAUACCAAGUUGAAGGAGCCUAUCUUGAAGAUGGUAAAUCCCUCAGCAACUGGGAUGUAUUUUGUCAUUCUGUAGGUUGUGGAGAAAAUGGAGAGAAUGGAGAUAUUGCAGAUGAUCAUUAUCACCACUUUUUGGAAGAUAUUGAGAUGAUGCAUUCCCUUGGUCUUAAAGUUUACAGAUUUUCGAUUUCAUGGGCUAGAAUUCUUCCACGAGGAAGGUUUGGUGAAGUUAAUCCUGCUGGCAUCAUGUUCUAUAACAAGAUAAUAGACAAUCUGAUUCUCAAAGGAAUCGAGCCAUUUGUGACGCUUUACCAUGGCGAUUUUCCUCAUGAACUUGAAGAGAGAUAUGGGUCUUGGCUCAAUGCUGAAAUGAAGGACGACUUUGUACAUAUGGCAGAAAUUUGUUUCAAGUCGUUUGGAGACCGAGUGAAGUAUUGGAUCACAAUCAAUGAACCUAACCUAGUAACACAAUAUGCUUAUGGAACGGGGAUUUUCCCCCCUAGUCGUUGUUCAGAGCCUUUUGGCAACUGUCUUGCUGGAAAUUCGGAUGUCGAGCCUCUCAUUGCUAUGCACAACAUGUUACUGGCCCAUGGCGUGGCAGCGAAGCUAUACCGUCGGAAGUUUCAGAGUAAACAAGGUGGAUCGAUUGGUCUUGCUCUACAUUGUGACAUGUUCGAACCAUUAACUGAGAGUGAGCUUGAUCGCAAUGCUGCCAAAAGGGCCUUUGCUUUCAAUAUUGGCUGGUCACUUGAUCCCUUAAUAUUUGGAGAAUAUCCUGAAGAAAUGCAAGAAUACCUUGGAAGUGCAUUACCGAGUUUCUCUGUCGACGAAAAAAAUUUAGUGAAGAACAGUAUUGAUUUUAUUGGCAUCAACCAUUACACGACUACAUAUACCAAGGAUUGUACCAACUCUAGUUGCUCUCCAACUGCUGAUCGUGCAAUCCAAGGUUUUCUAGACACUACUGGAGAGCGCAGUGGUGUGCCAAUCGGUGAACUUACGGGGUUAGAAGGCUUAUAUGUUGUUCCUAGAGGCAUGGAGGAGAUUGUUAAUUGUAUCAAGAUUCGGUACAAUAAUAAACCCAUGAUUAUUACUGAAAAUGGGUAUUCUUCACCCGUCAUGCAGGAGGAACGAAUCGAUGAGCUUGUGAAUGACGUCAAACGAAUUGAAUUUCACACAGCAUACCUUGCUUCUUUAGCCAGAUCUAUCAGAGGGGGAGCAGAUGUGCGCGGAUAUUUCGUGUGGUCAUUGAUGGAUAGCUACGAAUGGCUGCAAGGUUACAAUUUGAGGUUCGGGUUACACUAUGUUGACCGUCAAAAGCUAACUCGGAUUCCCAAGCUUUCUGCACGAUGGUAUAAGAGUUUCUUAACGAACAGCAGCUAUGUUAUUGGUAAGGAAGCAUUAAGACACGAAAGGUCAUUUCAGGACGAUACGAUGCUUGAAAAAGCAGAUGCAUAGAAGACUUUUAUGCUAGAAGCUUGUAUGCCAUGUUAGUAAUUCUUCCUCCUUCUGCUGUUCUGUUUUCUGUUCAUGUAAUUGAACCAUUUCAAGAAUGGAUUAUUGAUCCACUUCUCUCAUUCAUUGAUAGUCUGUCUGCAUUCAGACCAAUAAUUGGCCUUUGGCUUAUUGUAUCAUUCUAUCACUUUCCUAUGUACCCAUGAUUCAUGAUCUAUAAGAUUCAUUUGGUUUUUUAUGUUA